AUGUUCGACGCAAUGACUGACACCAAGCGGCGAGUGAAGUUGUACGCCCUGAAUGCCGAUCGUCAGUGGGACGACCGUGGCACGGGGCAUGUGUCGUGCACAUACGUCGAACGGCUCAAAGGCGUUUCUCUUUUGGUUCGAGCCGAAGCCGAUGGUGCUCUUUUAUUAGAAUCAAAAAUUCAACACGAUACAGUCUAUCAAAAACAACAAGACACACUAAUUGUUUGGUCCGAAGCUGAUAAUUUUGACUUGGCAUUAAGUUUUCAAGAAAAAGCUGGUUGUGAAGAAAUAUGGGAAAAAAUUUGUAGUGUUCAAGGAAAGGACCCAACGAUAGAAACUACUCAAGAUAUUGUUGAAGAGUCUGAAGAUGAGCGGUUUGAUGAUCUGUCAGAUUCAGCUCCUCCUGUUGAAUUACCGCUAUGUGAAAUUGGCAGACUUAAAGAAAUUAAAGACCUUUUCAUCACUUGUAUGGCCACACCUUUAAAUAAAGAUAGGUUAGCUGAAGCUAUUGAAAAUGAUGGCUAUGUACGCAAGUUGGUGAAAUUAUUCAAUCUGUGUGAGGAUCUCAAUAAUUUGGAAGGUCUUCAUUGUUUAUAUGACAUUGUCAAAAACAUUUUCCUUAUCAAUAAAAAUGCUUUGUUUGAAAUGCUUUUUGCCGAUGAUAUUAUAUUUGAUGUCAUUGGCUGUUUAGAGUAUGAUCCAACUUUACCUAUCCGUAAAUACCAUAGACAUCAUUUAAAGAAUGUUUCAAAAUUUAAAGAAGUCAUUCUGAUAACUAAUCUCGAGUUAUUGAACAAAAUACAUCAGACACAUAGAGUGCAGUACAUUCAGGAUGUGGUUCUUCCAACACCAUCUGUAUUUGAGGAUAAUAUGUUAUCUGCAUUAAGUAGUUUUAUAUUUUUCAAUAAAGUGGAAAUCGUCACUUUAAUACAAGAAGACGAAAAGUUUUUACCAGAUCUGUUAGGUCAACUUCAAGAUGAAAGCACUCCAGACUCCAGGAAACUGGAAUUAGUGCAAUUCCUCAAGGAAUUCUGCAAUUUUUCACAAAAUUUACAACCCCCACAAAAAGAAGGAUUCUUCAGAACUCUGACAUCUCUGGGUAUUUUACCAAUGCUUGAAAUGACUUUAAUGUCUGAAGAUGUGAAUAUUAAGCAGGCUGCCAUUGACAUUCUUACCAUUCUUGUUGAAUUUUCACCUUCUGUUAUACGAGAAUACAUUCUUCAGCAGUCUUCAGAUACCGUGACUCAAGCAAAUGGAAGUGAAGUAGAAUUGAUGCUAAUGAAUGUGAUAAUUGAACAGAUGAUAUGUGAUACAGAUCCUGAUCUCGGACGUGCUGUCCAGUUAAUGGGUGUUAUACGGGUAUUAAUUGAUCCUGAAAACAUGUUGCCUUCACUAAGCAAAGUAGAAAAAACUGAUUUUCUCAACUAUUUUUACAAACACAGUGUCCAAAUUCUCAUAGCGCCGCUAUUGGCAAACACGGUGGAUGGUGAGCCAGCACGAGAUGAUUACCAAAAUGCACAGUUAUUGGCACACAUCCUUGAAUUGCUGACAUUUUGUGUAGAACAUCAUUCAUAUCAUAUAAAAACUUGCAUUCUGAACAAAGAUUUAUUGAAACGUGUAUUGGUACUAAUGAAGUCUGCCCAUAAAUUUUUAGUAUUAGGAGCCUUACGUUUCAUGAGGAAAAUUGUUGCACUCAAAGACGAGUUUUAUAACCGUUAUAUUAUGAAGGGAUGUUUAUUUGGUCCUGUUAUUGAUUGUCUACUAGAUAAUAAUGGCAGAUACAAUUUACUUGAUUCUGCCAUUAUUGAAUUAUUUGAAUUUAUAAAACUUGAAGAUAUAAAAAUUUUGAUAGCACAUGUUGUUGAAAAUUAUGGUAAAAAGUUUGAACACAUUGAUUAUGUACAAACCUUCAAAGCCCUAAGGAUACGCCAUAGUCAGCAAACUGAAAAAUUAAAAGAAAAACCUAUCACAAGUUGUAUUACUAGCGUUACUGUAUCCACUGGUCGAUUUAGAAGAGAUCCACGGCAAAUAGAAGAUGAAGAAGAAAUAUGGUUUAAUAACGAAGAUGAUGAAUUUGAUGAUGGUGAAGCAGUUGUUCCACAUACAGGAAUGACUGGUUCAACUGAAAUUACAGCCUCUGAACAAUUGGAAUCCAUAGGUAAAAGUAUCGACAAGAAAUGUGAAGGUAGCAGCACAAAAAUAUUUGGUACUACGGUAAAAACAACCCCAAUUAUGAACAAUAAUUUGGCAGCUACUCCGGCAUUGAGUUCAUCACCUGAAGAUUCAAAAAAUAGUUCUCUUUUGAAAAAAGCUUUAGUUGACUAUGAAGGUGAUUCAGAUGAAGAAGAAGAUGAAAAUGGAGAUUUAAAAUCGCCAACCAAGAGGCCCCGUUAUACAUAA